AUGGCCGAGUACUGGACCGUCACGCAGGAACUCCUGCAGGGCUCGGACCCGAUGCUCACGGAGAACCUCCUGAAGAAACCGCCGUUCAGGUUCCUCCACGACGUCGUGUCCGAGGUGACCCGAAACACCGGGUUCGCGCGCGGUCUUUUCGACGCCGUGGAGAGCGACUCGGGGAAGGUCAAGGACAAGGAGAGCAAGGUGGCGUGGCUGACCAAGAUCAUCGCGUGCGUCGGGCUGGCGCUGGGAGAACACGUUCGCGCGAGGCCGCUGAAGAUCGUCGCGGGGCUCGAACCCGAGCACACGAACGCGUUCCUCCAGCAGCUCGCGCGCGCGGCGUCCGCGGGCGACGCCCCGGACGCCGUGCGAAGGACCCUCGCGGGCGAGACAUUCGCGGGUGACAAUGACAACACAGCUGGCGCCGCUCCUCCCUCGCGGCGGGAACCUCCCCAACGGGAACGGGAACCCUCACCGCCCCGACGGGAGCCAUCCCCGCCGCGCGCGAGGUCGCCGUCGCCCGAGGCGUUCGCGCCGCCGCCGCCGCCGCACAGCGACUCGGACGACGAACUCGCUCCAAAGACCAAUUCUUCGCGAACCGAUCCCGUCGAUCGAUCGGAACCGCUCAAAGACCAAUCGGGCGCAUCGACCACGCGCGACCGAUCGCCGCCCCCGAGCUCGCGACGGCCCCCGCCCCGGCCCCAGAGCGCCCGCCGCGCGCCGCCCAAGCUCGCAUCCAACGUGGUGGAGGUUGAGAGCGGAACGUCGAGUCGGGACGGGUCGAGGCCCGGGAGCGUGGAGGGUUCGCGUGGAGGGCCUGCACAGCUAAGCACCCUAAACCCUAACCCUAAGCCCCCCCUCGCGAACGUGCUGGGCGAGGGCGACGUGGUCGACUCGGACGACGACGACGAAUCGGGGGAGGACGCGUCGGCGCCCGCGCCCGCGAUCGCCGCCCCAUCCGCUGGGACCGCCUGGGACCGCGCCUCGGACAUCGGCGGCGGCGCGCUCGUCAGGGACAUGCUCGCCGCCAAGCGCGAGGGCGACGCGGCGGCGGCGAGCGCCGUCGGGGCGACGACGGACGAAGCGACGGCCAAGGCGGCCUCCGGGGGCGGGAAGGGGAUCAUUCUCGGGUCCAGGCGACGGAGCAGGAAGGCGGCGGGCGGCGGCGGGGGCGGCGCGGACGAUCACCCGACUGGGGGUUCGACGGGGGGAGUCGGUGGUGGGGUAUCGGCGGCGAUGUUUCGCGACGACGACGACGACGCGGCCGGCGGAACGACCGAGGACGACGUGGAGGCGAUCCGCGAGCGGGUCCAGGCGCUGGUGCAGUUCACCAACCCGCUGGGUAAGGCUAUGGACGCGCUGCAGGAGGACGUGGAGACGAUGCGGCGCGAGUUGGCGUUUUGGCAGCGGGAAAGGGAGAACAUGGGGCGAAUCGCGCAGGAGGUCAAGUCGGCGCCGCUGGGGGAGACGGUGGCGAAGCAGGACAGGCGGCUGGAGGAGGCGGACGACGAGAUCGCCGCGAUGAAGAAGAAGAUCCAGAGCGUCAAGGCGGCGAUCCACAGAAACGACGACAAGAUCGCGAAGCUGCUCGACAUGGUGGUCACGCCGGCGUGA